ACUCAUCAGGGGAAACUCUUGAGCUCUAUUGCUCAGAGUUGCUCUGCUUGUUCAUCUCUGCGACGUUGUUGUUUUGUACGUUUCUGCACCGUUGAUGAAAAUUUUGAUCGGCCUAUUUAUAUAUAUUCGGUGAUGGUUGCGCGUUGAAUCAACUACAAACCACGAGGAUAGGGCCUUGAGCUUAUCGGCUUUUAUCAAUCUUGACGGACUGAAAUGGAUGAACGAAGAGUCGCAGAUUAUUUUGUUGUGGCCGGUCUGCCUGGCCAGGACAACGAAUUUCAGUCGAACGAGGAUGAGUCGGAAAAGUUGGAAGAUUGGUGCCAAGAAGGUACUCAUCUUAAAGACACGAAUAUGCAGGCUCCUAUCACCGAUCUCGCCGUUAUCUUCCCGGCUCUUGGUGAACAGUGUCCCGAAGGUUUUACCCUACUGGAAUACACUGUUUCGGGCUUUCCUGCAGAUCUGAAUCACGGUAGUCUCAGAACCAACGAAUGUUAUUUGUGCUAUCGACGUGGAAGGGAUAAACCACCUUUGGUCGAUAUAGGUGUAAUUUAUGACGGAAAAGAGCGUAUAAUGCAAGAUGCAGAAAUGAUACUGGAAACACCCAAUGGUCAUGUUGCGAAUGUGAACAAUUCUACAUCGAGAAUUUAUGUGACUUAUAGACGAGCAAGUCCAAAGAUGCCAUGCAAUUCGUUGGUGGUGACAGACGUAUGCGUCAUUCUACCAAACAAGGGUGAAACAACGCCUCACGCAUUUUGUACGAUAUACAAAAAUCUCAACAAAGGAAUGCUUGGCAGCGAUGUUUUCCUGUGUUACAAAAAAUCAAUGAAUCGAGCAAACCUCAUAUCGUUCAAACCAACGAUAUUGUACAAAUAUCCAAUGACCGAUUACAAUACUUUUAUUUUUCCAAAUUCGGUCGGUAUGUUUUGUUUACCGAUGGGCGCGACCAUUGAAUGCUGGCCAAAAGUUGCUUGCAAACCGAAACCUGUGUUCUCAACAUUCGUAUUGACCGUCGCUGAUGCCGCACAGAAAAUUUACGGCUCGGCAAUUACCUUUUACGAGGAAGUUUUGCCCGAUCCCAAUACACAAAAUUGCAAUAGUUAUCUCGAUAAUGUGGAAAAAGCUGAGUACAACAUCGAUAACGACGAAGGUACGGAAAUAUCAGUGAACAAACCUCAAGUGAAGAUGAAGCCGUUCAAAAAAUUUGGUAUACUGAAAAAGUUGAAUUUUGCGCAAUUAGAAAAAUUGCAAUAUACCGAUCCGGAAACACAGUCGUUGAACAUUAGUAAAUCCAUAUGUAUACUAUCUCACUGGCCGUUUUUCGAUACGUUCGAGAAGUUUCUCGUUUAUCUUCACAGUAUGGUGAAUGGGAAGCCACAGAAUGUACCUAUCGAAAAGUACAUCUCGUAUUUUCUUUGUGACAUACCAUUCCCGAGUCCCCAAAGGCCUAGAAUACUCGUUCAACUGAGCGCUCAUCAUCGAUUGAUAUUGACCCAACCGGAGGAUUUAGCGUUGCCACGAUCGGGGGCAAGUUUUCGUCAAUUAUUGAGCAAUCUUGGCCCGGAUAAUUGCCUUCUUAUACUUUUAUUGAUACUGACGGAACAAAAAAUAUUGGUACACUCUUUGAGACCCGAUGUGUUGACCUCCGUGAGCGAGGCUAUUGCCAUGAUUUUAUUUCCAUUCAAAUGGCAGUGUCCUUACAUACCGCUGUGCCCAUUGGGCUUGGCUGAGGUUUUACACGCUCCACUACCAUUUCUCAUCGGGGUUGAUUCACGCUUCUUCGACUUGUAUGAUCCACCGUCUGACGUAAAUUGCGUUAAUUUGGAUACAAACAACAUAGCCAUUUGUGAUGACAGGAAAUACCUUACGGUCAAACUAUUGCCAAAGAAGGCAGCGAGAAUGCUGAAGAGCUGGUUGGAAAUUUUGUAUUCGAAGCUGAGCUCAAUGGGAAAGAAUCACACGGCGCACAAAGAAAAGAGCGACCAAGAUUUCAGUGUGGACAAAGAGUUUCGACAGAAGCGCAAGGAACAAGCGAUGGAGCUGGAAAUUCAGGACACAUUUUUAAGAUUCACAGCCAUGAUACUGAAGGGUUACCGAAGUUUUUUACUCCCCAUCACUAAAGCACCCACCGUCGGUUCAACCGAUCCGACAAGUUUGUUUAAUAUACAGGCUUUUUUACGGAGUCGGGACAAAGCUCACGCCAAGUUUUACAGUAUGCUUGUAAGAACACAGAUGUUUAUCAGAUUCAUCGAAGAGAGAAGCUUCGUUUCGGACAUGGACAUGGCGGGUUUGGCAUUUUUCGACGAAUGCACGGAGCGCGUUGAAGAAGAAAAUGUGACGUUCUUGGAACUCGACGAGUCACAGCACAGCGAGCGUACAGUAUUUAUCCCUCCGCCGGAAGCUGGCCUCAAUCAAUCACCCGUUGUUUACAAUACUUUCAAAUUGGAUCCUGCCCUUAUGAGAGUGCAGAAAAAUCUUGGCGUCAAAAAUCCUGCCUUAAGUGCCUUUGGUAUCAUACCUGGGAGUCCUAUGGCUCGCCGAACAAAACACGAAAUCAAAGUUGCGCAGCGAAUGGCUCGUAAACAGGCUGCUCAUCCUGCAAGAUGGGGCAGAUGUCUACUGGGCACAUGUUACAGUCUAUGGUUCCUUCAUUUGCCGGCCAUGCUACAAGUAUCGAAUCAAGCGGUAUCAAUACUUCACCAAGCCUACGAGUUACUUGUAAAAAUGCAAAAGUUACGCCUGGAUCCGAUGGAAGAGGUUUGCUAUCGGGCCAUGAUGCAACUUUGCGGUGUCUACGGCCAGCCGGUUCUGGCCGUUAAAUUACUCUUUCAUAUGAAACGAAGCGGCGUACAACCGAACGCGUUGACUUAUGGUUUUUACAACAAGGCGGUUCUCGAGGCAACGUGGCCGUCCGACAUGACUAAUUCGAGCCAACUGAUGUGGAACAAAUUGAGAAACGUGAUCCUCGGUGCUGCACUAUUCAAAAGAGCUGGGAAAAAAAGUGCGCGUAGACGCAUGAGUUCGAAUCCCGAUGUUUUGAGUGUCGAUGGCUCCAAAAACGAGGGUAUGAUGGAACACGCGGUUUCGAGGUCAAGCCUCGACAGUACGCACUCUCAAGAUACCGAGGCACUUCACAGCGAUCUCCUCGCAGGUAGUUCAGUACCGGAUCUACCAGGAUUCAGCCUCCUAGAUAUGAAACCAAAGUUUCUUCGUCAGAAUAGUAUCGUAAAGGAUCAGGGAAUACUGUGCUCGACCCAAUCAGAAAUUCUUGACAGAUCGACAUCGGAAACGAGACUACCGAGUCACGCAGAAUCACCGGUGAAGAGUCCGGUAAGAACGCCGGUCACAGAAAACGAUCCGCUCGGGGCAUUGAUGAACGACGAAACGCCGAUCGUAUCACCUUCGGAAGAGAACGACUCGAAUUGCUCCACGAGUACGCUUACCGUCAUUAACAAUGCCGUUGCAGCUGAGAGAGCAGGAGGACCUUUGUUGUUUCGGAGCAGCAAUCCCUUGCCACGAAGCGCGACCUUUCAUCAGGCGGUCGAUGAGACAGGCGGAGGAAUGAGCGGACAGUUGCAACGAAGCGAAACAAUGCCGCACUCGGUCGCCCAACAGAUCGAUGAGGAGAGAGAAAAAGAGAGACUGGAAAUUGGCAGCCUCUGGGCGCAAAAUAAAGAUAGCGUCACGUCUAGCUUAUCGAGCCUGGGAUCUAGCCUCAAAUUGAGUUUUGGACGUUACUCGACCGGAGGACUGGCGUUUGUGAAGCACAAGGACACAGGUACACCGAACCAAUUUAUCGAGUCACUUAGCCUUUCCAACUACAUGAGUCCCUCGAGUCUGACGGGAAAAAAAUCAAACGAAAUUAUUCUCGGUGGCUUGAACAGUCUGAAAUCUGCGGCGACGACAGUUGUGAAAAAAUUCGAUGAAAUCAAAGAAGCAAUCUCGGCUACUGGUACGCCGGUCAAAAUGAAGGAGCGUGAACAGAGAUUAGCCUACGGAGUUUCUCACGAAUCCCUCGACUCUUUGACAGAUGGCUCCCAGCAGGACCGCAAUGAAAUGUCCGCCAGAGUCUCCGGUGAUUCUGGUAUCGAGGGAUUAGGUUCGCUCUACGAGCUCGCAGAUUGCAUGUAUCCCAAAGGGUCUCGCGAUUUAGACGAACGUUUGGCGAUCGAGCUUGUUCUAUCUAGCGCGAGUAGAUGUCACCAUUGCGCCGCAAUCCUUUAUGACGAGGAAAUAAUGGCUGGUUGGCAACCCGAGGAUUCUAAUUUGAACACAGUUUGUCAAUUUUGCGACAAAGCAACCGUUCCACUUCUGACCAUUACGAUCUUUGAUUACAGAUGCGAAGAUGGAGAAAGAAUCAACGAUCCUCUGACCGGUGCGUUGCUCGAACUGUUGGACGAACCGAAGGAAUUGCCUGAGCCUAUAACCGUGCCGUACUUGAACCCUCUCGUCCUACGGAAAGAAUUGGAAAAUGUAUUGAGUCAGGAAGGAGAUGCUUGUUUAACGAAGCACAGAUUUAUCCUGGAACAUCCGAUCGUUUAUUGGAAUUUGAUAUGGUACUUCGAAAGGAUCAAUCUAACGAGCCAUUUGCCUGAGCUUUGGCUGAACGACUGCGAGGACAAGGAAUUUCACGCCAAUGCCGGAUUAGUCGGGGUUAGAACGAUGUGGGACAACGAGAAACUCCACAUGGAUCGUUUACCGAUGUAUCUCCAAUGGAAACAAAACAACAAUGAUGACAGAACACUGAUGCAAAGUAUAAUUACCGAUGUUCGUCAUAACGUACUUGCUGAACCAAUAAAAAGAGUGGCCUUAGAGAGAAGCAACUGCGAGACAACGGAGCAGUCAGCACCGUUUUCCAUUUAUCGUGACAUAUUGUUUUUAGCUUUCACUGUUUUGGGAAGAAGCAACAUCGAUCAGGGUGUUUUCGAUCGAGAGUACAUUACGACUUUGGACAAGUUACCGGAAAGCGAGGAAAAGUUAUUGAGAAAUAUCGACGCCGCGCCAUCCACGACAACGCUCUAUUGUAGACAUUAUUUUAAGCCGCUAAAUGUAUAAAAAAUCAGGGGAGAAUGAGAAAAUAUGACGAGAGAGAGAGAGAGAGAGAGAGCGAGAGAGAGAGAGAGAGAAUGAGAUUACUCGGAGAUACGGGAAAAGAAUCUUAACCGAUCCACUCUCGGAUUGCUCUGGUCUGAGCUCCCGAAAGUUUUAAACAUAAAAGAAUAACCUACAAAACAAAUUCGGAUCACAAUUCGAAUGAGAAAUCCUUCAGAGAUACUUUUUUAACGGAACGCAAAAAAGGUUACUAAUAUUUGUUCGCAGUAUAUAUAUACAUAUAUAUAUAUAUAUUCGUUAUAGAAAAAUUACUAUUUAUUGAUUUGUUUCUCACGAAAUUUGUUUUUCAUGUGUUUUUCAAAAAUUUUCUUGUAAAAUAAUUGAAAUGAUCGUUUUACUCUAAAACUUUUAACAAUAUGUCGCUGUAAAUUGAUCACUCGACAUUGCAAUAUUUGUAUAAAAAAAUGUUUUUUUUUCUCUGUUGAAGUACUGAUCCAAGAUCUGACUAUUACACGCGUGCAAUAAGAGAAAUUGCGUGAAUUUAUUAUUUUGCCAUUAACGCGCUCGCUAAUGGAUUGACACUUCAUUUCAGCUUGUUCUUCCCUUCAUCUCGAAAAUAAUUAAACCAUUUAUCUUUUAGUCCGAUUUAUUAUAACUUGGUUUCUUCGUCCGAUACGAUUUACGUUGGAAAAAUGAGCACGCGAAGGUCUAACAUCUAAGAUCUAACACCAAAACAAACCGAUUACAUUUGGGAAUACCAGUGAGCUUCUCACCAUCAGAGGUCCGAAUACGCCUGAACGAUUGUACGAAGGAAACCUCGAUGGAAAAGAUUAAUGAAAAAUUUUCGUGAUUUCGAUGGGAAUCGAUGACGCGCGUUGAUACUUCGCUACCUCCGUCACGGCAUUUAGAAACUCGUAAAUAUUCUUAGAUGAGCCUUCAUGCUCGAAAAUUAAAAAAACGAUGCUAUGCUCCAACACCAUGCGCGCUCGCGCCCGUGUCCGAAAUUGCUGAUGACGCGCAUCAUCGGAGAUUGAAAAUUCUGUUGCCCGAGAGUACGCCCUGUCAAAGGUUUCUUCUUUUCUUCCAUUCAUUCAACAAAAUCGGAUAAUCAAUUGAUUUCUUAAUCUCCGAAACUUUGUUAUUCGUCAGUUAAAAGCUACAGUCUAGCGAACCGAUGUAUUUUCGCUCAUGAAAAAAUGCCUCAAGGGUGUAGAGAAUAUUAUAUAUAUGGAAAAUAAAAGAAAGUUGCGGUAUUUUAUAAAUAA